AUGGGUUGUUUUAAUUCAAAAGAAGCUGGAGCAGGUAGACCAAAAACUACUACUCAACAACAACAACAAGCAACACCAGAACCAACUGUUACUACAGCUGAAGUUAGAGCAGAUGAAAAAAUUUCAAUGGAUCAGGAUAUUUCACAAGGUAAUGUUGAAGAUUUCUAUGUAGUUGGUAAAGAAUUAGGUAGAGGUGCAUUCUCUGUUGUACGUGAAGGUACUAGAAAGACAACAAGUGAUAAAGUUGCACUCAAAUAUAUUGAAAAGAAAUUUGUUAAAAAGAAGCAUAUUGAACAAUUAAGAAGAGAAAUUGAUAUCAUGAAAAAAGUUAAACAUGAAAAUGUUUUAUCAUUAAAAGAAAUCUUUGAAAGUGAUUCACAUCUUACUCUUGUUAUGGAAUUGGUAACUGGUGGUGAAUUAUUUUAUAAAAUUGUUGAAAGAGGUUCAUUUACAGAAAAAGGUGCACGUAAUGUUGUAAGACAAGUAUGUGCUGGUGUUGAAUAUCUCCAUUCACAAGGUAUUGCUCAUAGAGAUUUGAAACCAGAGAAUUUAUUAUGUAAUGGUGAAGGUGAAGAUAUGACAAUCAAAAUUGCAGAUUUUGGUCUUAGUAAAAUAUUUGGAACUGGUGAAGCAUUGGAAACAAGUUGUGGUACACCAGAUUAUGUUGCACCAGAAGUUUUAACUGGUGGUUCAUAUGAUAAUGCAGUCGAUAUGUGGUCAAUUGGUGUCAUUACCUAUAUUUUAUUAUGUGGUUUCCCACCAUUCUAUGCUUCAUCUCAAAACUUAUUAUUUGAAAAAAUUUUAACCGCUGAUUAUGAUUUCCCAGAACCAGAAUGGACUCAUGUCUCUGAACAUGCCAAAGCUUUCAUUAGAAACUUAAUUGUCAAAGAUCCAGAUCAACGUCAUACUGCCAAACAAUGUCUUGAUGACCUUUGGCUCUCUGGUAGUGAUCAAUCAAUUGGUUCUGCUGCUGAUCUCCACUCUCAUUUCGCUGAAAAGAUGAAGAAAUAUAAUGACCAAAGAAGAGGUGGUCAAUCUUCAAAUAAUUAA